AUGAUAAAGGACAAUUUCAUGAUCCUAUAAGUUUAAGGUAUUUACAGAUCAUACUAAAUUAGUAAUCAUCAAGGUAAGUAGUAAUGUAUAUACAUCUGAUACAGUUGAAGAGUUGAUGAGUAAACCUAAAUUUUGGAAAAAUUUCAUUAACCAUCACAUUUGUACUUUUAUAUAUAUUUAAAUAGAUAGUUUUAUAACUUUAGCCAAAUGUAAGAAAUAUGAUGGUAAAUAUGCUGUAUUUGGAGAAGUUGUUAGUGGAUAUUAAACAUUAUAUUAAAUAAAUAAAUUAUUUACUAAUAUGUAGUAGAGACCUGAAGUGACAAUUAAAUUAAAAGAAUUAAAAGUAAUAAAGAAUCCUUUUAGAGAUAUGAUUAAAAUAAUGUUAACAGAAAAAGAAGUAGAAAAUGAAUAGAAAUUAUAAGAGAAACAUAAAGAAAGAUGGUUGGAUGAUUAAGGAUUUGCUUUACCUACAAGUACAUAAGAAUAAUAUAAAAAAUAAUAAAAAUAAUAUUGUUUUGAUAGUUGGUUAUGA